AGUUCUGCAGAGGACCAAGGCUCUUCCAGAACCCACGAAUGGUGCACUGUGAAUGUUUGUUAAAGGAACGGUUUGUUUAAGUCCAGCCCCAGUUACAAAUUUACAGGAUCUUAACUUUGUGGCAUGUAAACAGCCACAAGAUGGCUGAGAAACCACUUGCUAGACAGCUCUGUCGAAUCUUAACAGAGGCGUAAGAGAGCUGAAUUUUAUGAGGAGGUACAGUGAAUGCCAUGUGAAGAAAUGGAGGGUUUCUGAAUCCUGCUGCCUGGGUGGCCCCAGAAAGCGAAGAUGAAUGCUUUGGUGGAAGAAGAGGGCGGCUGCACAUUGUGAAUGUCCUGGCAUGGAUCUGUAUGAGGAUUAUAAAUCACCUUUCGAUUUCAAUGCUGGAGUGAACAGAAAUUAUCUUUACCUGUCGCCUAGCAUAAACCUUUCUCCACCUGGAUCACCUACACUGGCAAAGUCAGGGCUGCUGAGAAGUGACUCUAUACCUGAGGUUGGAGAGGAUGCUGCUGCUACAGUUAGUAUGGCAGAAACACUCUCAGAAGAAGAACAGGAUGAGCUAAGAAAAGAGCUUGCUAAGGUGGAAGAGGAAAUCCAGACGCUCUCACAAGUGCUGGCUGCCAAAGAGAAGCAUCUAGCAGAAAUAAAGAGAAAGCUGGGAAUUAACUCCUUACAGGAACUAAGGCAGAACAUUACCAAAAGCUGGCAAGAUGUUACAUCAACCACGGCAUACAAGAGAACAUCAGAAACCCUGUCUCAGGCUGGUCAGAAGGCUUCUGCAGCUUUUUCAUCUGUUGGCUCAGUCAUAACCAAGAAGUUUGAGGAUGUUAGACUACAGGCAUUUUCACAUUCCUUUAGUAUACGCUCCAUACAACAUUCCAUUAGCAUGCCUAUUAUGAGAAAUUCUCCUACUUUCAAAUCCUUUGAGGAAAAAGUUGAAAGCCUGAAGUCUAAAGUUGGAGGAGGCAAACCUGCUGGGGGUGACUUUGGCGAAGUUCUCAACUCUGCUGCCAAUGCCAGUGCCACAGAAACCAUUGCAGAACAGACACAGGAGGAGACCCCCUGAGAUUCCUGCCACUGUCCUGCUACCCACUGCCAGAUGCUGCAAGCAAGAACUAAGCACACUUGUAACAUUAUUUGCUCUCUUUCCACCAGAUGUGCUUUUAUUUAGCACGUAGAUAUUUUACCAGAUUAACUGAUAUCAGGCUUGUUCGUGGGUUCAGAAUAUUUUUGAAACUAAAAUACAUUGUUUGGGGUUUUGUGUGGGAGGGGGAAUUUGUAUGCCUUUUGAGCAUUUAAUGGACUUACUGUAAUUUGAAGGCAACCUUUAAAAUAUAGCAAUGAGAAAAAACUCUUUUGAGAAGUUAAUUAUACUGUACAUAUACUGUGGAUACAUAAUUCCUUUUGAAUCUGUAACUACUGCUCAUCAUUAUGAAUCUGCUGCUGCUGCUGCCAAACUGAAGCUUGCUCCUUCACUCCCUUGUGUUCAUUUCAGUCACAUGUUGCCUGCGUGGGACACGGGACUAGGAGGAUCACUCCCAGCUCAAGAAAGGACUUUGACUUCAGCAGGCUUUAAACACGUUACUCAGAGCAGGAUUACAUACAGUUAGGAACGUACUGGUUUUAUGAACAUAUUCCUCAUACAACACAUACAACAGAUGCAGAUAGGGUAGUAUGUAACACUUAAAACCUACUGAUUUAUCUGUGGAUUAUCUAUCUAGGAGACUUCUGGCCAUCACAAAUGGAAGCAAGAUGUCUAUUAUGGUUCAGUUACAAAAAACAUCUUGCAGUCUCAUUUGUACAUGAUAUUAGCAUGGUAAGAUACACUCUUCUGAACCUCUGAUUGGUUGUGAAAUAGAUUAAUCUUAAUUCACACAUGGUGGCGUCACACUUAUGCUAAUGAAGCAGGGACUGACUGUAAGAAAAUAAGCCUGAGCAUGAAAGUGGUUCUUUUGUAAGGCAUUGAGAGACUUGCUCUCAGAUGCUAACGUUGUUUUCCUGACAGGCUGCCCAUUGAAAACAUCUGCUAAACCAUCUUAUGUUUUUUAAGUGUUGAAGGCCUGUGCCACUGGUGUCCCCUUUCCUGAGACCCCAGAAAUCUGUUUCAAGGGGCGCACAGUGUCGUGCUGCAGCAUAGCUCUCUCACAAGAUCUUUUCUCCUACUUGUUGCUUUAUCUGAUGUACUUACUCUUCCAGCUUCUUGUAUUUCUCUGUUUCCAGCACGUGGCAUCGGUUAGAACUUUUGGCAAGUGUUUUAUCACUGUGCUUGGAACUGGAAACAAGUUGUGAAACAUCUGUGUGAAAUCCAUGAAACCUCAACCGCCACAGAUGUCUGGAUGGAAAAAAAAGUUUGCUCCUGGCAACCUUGUUAGCAUGUCAGAUGUAGUGUAUAUGCUUAAUUACAUGUGAGAAGCUUAAUAAAAACCUGUAUGUGAGGAA